AUGGCCUCGGGGUUCCAUGCGGGCCUGGAGCCGGCUCGGCAAGACUACCCGGAAGUCACGCACGUGUCGCACGGAUACGGCCACCACUACCAACAACCGCAGCCAUACUACUCACAGCCCUACGAUCCCCCGACGGUGCCGGCGCCUAAGAUAGAACACCCCGCGGUCCCGGCUCCGCCGUCGUCGUACGGCGGCCAGACCGUCGCAUCACCCUUCAGCGCGGCCGCGCAGCCCGCAGCAGCCCAGCCCGAGCCCCCGUCCCGAACCGGCAGGACAAUAUUCGGCUGCAGCCUCCUCGUCUUCAUCCUCUCGUGCAUCAUCGCCAUCCUCUCGGCCGCCGUGAUCGGUCUGGCCGCAGCGACAGGCAUCGAAGCGCAGCGCGCGGAAGCAGCGGCCUCGUCCAGCCUAGACGCCCUCAGCGCUCUCAGUAGCGUCAGCAGCAUCCGCCACAGCCAGCGCGACCGGGCGCGGAGCCACCGCCGCAGGCGGUCAUGGACGACGGCUGCUCAAGCGACCUCGACAGCGUCGAAAAGACGUUAUACACCUUCCUUCUCCGACGCGCCCAACCCGCCCCUCCUCUCCCUCUUCACGGCCAACUUCGGCACGUGCAUGGACGCGUGCGCCGCCUACACCAAGUAUGUGCCGGCGACGUACAGCAGCGAUGGCGGAAAUACCAGCGCCGACGUUGACGCCAUCUGCCAGGCCGUCUCCUUCAUCCCCGCCUGGACCAACAAGCUGACGGCCGAGCGCGGGGGUGCCCCCGGGAAUUGUUAUCUGAAGGGGGGCCCGCAGAAUGAGACGGGGCUGAAUGUGCCCGAGAUUGGGGUGGAUUGUCAUGCGGCGAUUUUUACGCCGGGGGUGUGA